AUGUCCGAAGGUAAACAACGUACAGUCAUACAGAGUGCCAAAGAGCGGCUCUCUGCCAUCUCCGACUCCAUAGCUGGCGUUUCACACUUUACAUUUCCUGCGUUCGAUCAGAUUCCACGCGUUGAAGGUCAGCCCCAAGGAUGCACAUGGAGCUUUUGGGAUAAGAAUGGUGUGAAGGAUGAAAUCGGAACCCUGAACCUCUUGACACCAGAAGUCGUACAGCAAGCCUCAAAGGAGAUCAAGACCGGACAACAUGUCCAGCUAGAUUGGAACUUGUCAGACAAUGUUCAAUUUCCGGGUUUUGGAAGGAGAAAGCUGGAACACAAAGUCCUCGAUGCCCGAGCCGCGUCAGAAGGAAAGCAUGCAGGAUUUGACGAUGAGCUGCAUCUCAACACACAGAGCGGCUCCCAGUGGGACUCGUUGAAGCAUUUUGCCCAUCAGCCAACUCAGAUGUACUAUAAUGGUCUGUCCCACGAUGAGGCCUUGAAGAAUGACAGGAACGGCAUCCACAAGUGGUGUGAACGAGGCGGAAUCGUAGGAAGAGGCAUUCUGGUAGACUGGCUGAGCUGGUACGAGAAGAAACAUGGCGAUCCUCCUUCCGCAGUGUCCAGACACGAGAUACCUGUGAGCGAGCUCGAUGCUUGCCUCAAGUGGCAGAACACCGUACCAAGGGUCGGAGACAUUCUAAUUGUUCGAAGUGGAUAUACGAAAUGGCACGAGUAUGCUUCGCCGCAGGAUCGCAAAGCUGGGACCCAGGACAAUUCUAUUGCGAUUGGUCUCCAGAACAACGAGGCGACUGUGCGGUGGCUGUAUGAUCAUCACUUUGCGGCUGUAGCUGGUGAUACAAUUGCUUUUGAGGCUUGGCCGCCGCCAUUCGAGACUGGCUGGACGUUGCACGAAUGGUUGUUGGUGCAGUGGGGUACGCCGAUUGGCGAGCUGUGGAAUCUGGAAGAACUGAGCAAGAUUUGCGAAAAGGAACGUCGUUGGACGUUCUUUUUGACGAGUGCACCAUUGAACGUCCGUGGCGGCGUAGGCAGUCCUCCUGGAGCGAUCGCCAUUUUCUAA